ACAGCAACAUCCCUUCAACAGAGGACAUCAGUCAGCCAUCUACAAUCUUGAGGACAUCAGUCAGCCAUCCACAAUCUAGAGGACAUCAGCCAGCCAUCUACAAUCUACAGGACAAUAACCUGCCAUCCACAAUCUCUUGUGUUUCAGCUGUGUGUGUAGCUAUGAGGGGAAUUGUCCUUCUCUUUCUGCUGUCUCUCUGGCCUGGAGGCAACGUGGAUGCUAUCAAUGCAGAGGUCUUGGCUAAUGUGGUACAAGAGAUGAGAAGGUUCGGCCUGGAGAACCGCCAGUAUGCCAUGGCUGUCUUACUCACCCAACAGCAGUGCACCCAAAAUGGAGGAAUCUUUGAUGUGGGCGUGCAACCUCAGGUUGUCCAGAAGAUACUACAGGAGUAUAGUGUCUACACAGGAGACCGGCUCAUCGCAGCCAUACCUGACACCUACCAUUCUGAGUACCUUCUCUUGGGGCAUGAUAAAACCAACCCCAGCAAAAUGCAGACUCUGUUAACAGCAGCAAAGCCUAAUGACUGCAUUGUCUUCUUCUCCAACUACUCUCCCUGCCUGGAGAGAUGCAACUUCCCUAAUGGAGCAACCAGCAUUCUCCCCUUCAUGACCGUCUUCAAUGGUAGGAACGCCAACCAGAUGGCCUUUGUCUUCUCCUCGGUUUGGGACCCCACAAGGCACCAUACAGGAGUGACCAAACCCACUAAGCAGCUGGUGCUGGACUCCUUCAGGAGAAUAGAAAGAUACCUCCCUUUAUAUCGUUGUGUCAGAUUCCAGGGACAAAACGCAUGUUACCGUUGUGUCACUGCCAACACAAAUCCUGAGACCAAUGACUGUCUGUAUGGAUACUAAUAGUGUACACUGUCUGUAUGGAUACUAAUAGUGUACACUGUCUGUAUGGAUCCUACUAGUGUACACUGUCUCAAUGGUGGAAAUAUAGAAAUGUAUAUUUUCUUUCUUUCCCUCUGUCCAUCCCCUCUCUCGCUCUGUCCAUCCCCUCUCUCUCUCUGUCCAUCCCCUCUCUCUCUGUGUCCAUCCCCUCUCUCUCUGUGUCCAUCCCCUCUCUCUCUGUGUCCAUCCCCUCUCUCUCUGUCCAUCCCCUCUCUCUCUCUGUCCAUCCCCUCUCUCUCUCUGUCCAUCCCCUCUCUCUCUCUCUGUCCCUCUCUCUCUGUCCAUCUCUCUCUCUGUCCAUCCCCCCCUCUCUGUCCUUCUCUCUCUCUACACAGUUCAUUAAAGUUCAUCAUAGCAGCAACA